GCUGAGCUUGUUACAACUAAGGGAAACACUCUGGCAUCGAAGUGCUGGCAGCCUCCCGCUUAAGUACUCCUCCAAGCAAUCAGCAGAUAGGAAACACCUGUCAUCCAGCGUACCUGAGAACUCCAGCACCAGCUGGGAAACACUGAAUGAUUAUGAAGACAAGAACACCAAACACACACACACACACACACACACACACACAAGCACAUACACUAACACACACACAGACUCAGACUGACAGAGGCGGCUGAGUAACUGAGCUGACACAUCCUGCAAGAAGACGUGCUGAAAAACAGUCUGGGCAUCUGAGAAGUGAAAAAUUAUGAGACAUGCAAAGCUUUGCUUAAGUAUUGUUUUACAAAGGAAAUCAAAAAGGAGAAGUAGUUUCACACACAGCUGUUUGUGUAUAUGUGUAUAUAAAUACAAAAUGUAAUUACAAAAUGUGGGUGUACAAGUGGCAACACACAUGCAAACGUCAGUAUCAGCUGUAAAGGGUGUGCACCUAUAACCAUAAACCACAGAAAGCACACACACACUUUAAAUACCCCUGUGCCUCACACACAGUUGGUGCGUCCAACUCUGUGUUGCUAAAUGACACCAUCAUGGGAUGCUCAUGGCUGUUGAUUUUGGGUCUUAUCCAAAUUGUUGCACAUUCCUUGGAAAUUCAGGGUUCAGGUGAAGAACCGAUUCCUGUGAUCACUCACAACGUCACUGGAGUCCUGGAGGAGGAUGUGUACCUGAGCUGCGAAUAUCAGGGUUCGGCUCAGAUCAACAAGGCCGAGUGGAAACGUAGGAUCAGCUCUAGUAAAUUCAAGCGACUGGCCGGAUUUUCAAAUGGGGAAUUAUUUAGCCGAGGUGACUUCUCAAAACCAGACUCUCCCACCAACCUCACAGUUAGGAUGAAAGUAUCCAGUGUGGAAGCAGAAGGAGAGUACAUUUGUGAGUUUCAGGAAGAGGAGGAUAAUCCAUUUGGCAGCGUGUUUGUUACUGUUAUUGCUAAACCUGAUAUAAGGAUAGAGGUGAAUUCAGAGACCAUAAAUGACACUCACUACCAGUUGGUGUCGUGCUCUGCUGUUGGAGGCAGGCCAAUGCCUCAGAUCAUCUGGCUGGUCGGUGAUCGUCCUCCUUCCGAUUUCCCCUUCACUGUGAAUGAGAGUAAAACUCUUCACUCAAACGGCACCGCCACGCUGAUCAGCACCCUCCGCUUCCCCACCCAUCUUCAGGACGAAGAGAGUGUGAUCUGUGUGGUCAAACACGAGACCCUCCCAAACCCCAAAUCCACCACAGCAAGUGUGGAAACAUACGCGAGGCCAAACGUGAUGAUUAAAGCAGAGAUGGUACAACAAGGAGGACAUGAUUCCUGGGUGGUCUCUUGCAUUUCAUCCGGGGGGAGACCUGACACUGAGAUUUCCUUGGCUUUGAACGGGAAUAACGAGGUGGAAAGAGAGAGCAGUGCAAAUUCAAACAUGAAAAGUCUCUCCGUCUGGCUCCCUGUGAUAGAAUACGAGGGCCACAACAUCACCUGUGUGUUUAAACACCCAAAGUUCUCAUAUGCUGAAUCAAGAAGAAUAACCCUGCCCACUUUUUAUUUGUCUGGAGUUCAGUUUCGCUCAGAGGUGGGAAGCAACAGGAAUAAAUUCUUAGAGCUGCAAGAAGGAGACAGCAACAUUGUUAUCAGCUUGGAGGUCACAGGGAAUGCGCCACGUUACAGCAUUAUCUGUAAAAAAGAUGAUGGACCUUUGCCUGAAGAUAUGGAGCUGGUUGGUAGAAAUCUCACAAUUCGAGGUCUGGUAAAGCAGCACUAUGCUGGUCUGUAUGAAUGUGACUGCUCCUACCACCAUCUAAAAGCAAAGCUGCAGUUUAAUGUCACAGUUCGAGCUCAACCUCCACAGCUGGUUUCUCCCACAAUCAGAGUCGAUUCACAAAUUGAAGGUGGAUUCAGGAUGAUUGAGUGCACAGCGCUUGGUGCUGUUCCUGCAGCCAGCGUUUCUUGGAUUCCACAAGAGGGUGUUUUUGAAGACUUUUGGUCCAAUUCCACUUUUUACAAUGGAAGCUACUCUGUUUUGUUCCUUCCUGCAUGCUCGCCUCAGGAGCUCACAGCACUGUGUGUGAUAAAUCACCCUGCAUAUAAGAAACCAGAAAACAGAAGUAUAACACUCCCACUUUGCGCUCGACCAAACAUCACCAUCAGCCUCAGCUCUGAGUGGAAAUAUGGUCACAAGUACUCAAAGGUGAACUGCUCUGUAGUCAGUGUUGCAUCUCCUGCAGCAAUAACCUGGAAUGCUAAAAACAAAACUGACAACAUCAGUUAUUCGACAGAAACUGAGGUCCAGGCUGAGGGUCUGGUAUUGACCUGGAGCUCUGUGUGUUUUCUGUCGUCUCUGUAUGCGGGUCAGGAUUUGACUUGCACUGUUAAACAUCCAAGUUUAGAGAGUCCAGAAAAAAGAACAAUACACAUUCCGGAGCACGAACUCCCUCGGCUCAGUGUGUCUGUGGUGAGACAGCAGGACUCCCCUCUCUGGCUGGCAGUGUGCGACUGCAAAGGGGAGGGUGUUGGGACAAACCUUGCAUGGGACCUUCCUGGAAAUGCCAGAGGUGAAACAUCCCUGCACACAGAAUAUGAAGGACACAUAACAAACACCAAGCUGACUUAUCAGUUUCCUUUGGUCCUUCAUGAGGGCCAGGACCUGACCUGUGUGUACCAAUCUCAUAAUGGGAUCACAAAAAAGAAGACUGUUCGCAUCCCAAUGUACCAUAUCUUCUCAGUACAAGUCCUGAACAAAACGAGUGCUCUGCAGAACCGCUAUGUAGAUCAAUCUGUUGUAUACAGAGUGUCUGUCAACGGGAAUCAACGAAACCAGAAAGUGCUGCUCAGAGUUGAAGGAAACGUGCCAGAGUACAGCCUUGACUGUCGAAGGAGUGAUGGCUCAGUUGUUCAACUGGAUGGGGCUGCAAUGAUCCUUCAGUCAGACCCUUCAGGGCAGAAUGAAGGCCUGUACACCUGCUUGGCUUCUUUUUAUCACCACAGAGCUUCUGUCAACAUUCAAGUGGAAGUCCUAAGAGAGGAAGAGUUCAUGCUGGUAAUCAUGAUCUGCAUCUCUUCAGCCUCAGCCAUCUUUAUCGUCUUCAUCGUCAUUCUCUGCGUGUGCUGUAAAACAAAGAAGAAACAACACAAGGAACGAGAGUCCAUCUCAGCCUUGACAAGUCUCAUGCAGGAGCCUGGCUCUCCUGAGGUCAGGAAGCCUCUGGCAGAUAUGGGCGACAGCAAGGAGUACGCUCAGUUGACCAGCUUCUCCAUAGUCUUUGACGCCAAGAGUACAGUGUGAGGAGAGAGUGGUGUGCCUUAAAAGGAUGUAACAUAUUCAGCUUAAACUGUGAAUUUAAUGUCUUAAUGCAACUGCAGCACUGUGUAUUUUUGUGUAAAUGUAGUCUUUGAAAUGAAAUUGACUAUGCACUGUACUUUGUAGUAGACUGGCAUUAAUAGUUUAAAAAGCAAUGAAUUUGCACUUUUCAGCCUUACUUGAAAUUUGGAUUUUGUAUAACACAUUUUGUAUUUUUUUUAAUAUGAGAAUUAAUAAAACCAUUUAAUUACA